AUGUCCGCAACACAAUUGGAGGAAUUGUUGUCGAUUGUUGGUCCACUAUUGGUAAAAAAACAUGUUAUUCAAGAGCCUAUACAACCGAAAGAACGUUUAGUAAUAACAUUGAGGUAUGUUGCUUCUGGCGAUUUAAUGACGUCAAUGUCAUACCAGUAUCUCAUUGGGGUAACAACAGUUUCUAAUAUCAUCCGAGAGACAUGCAAAGCAAUUUGGAACAGAUUGUGUCCAUUGGUUUUACCGCCAGCAUUGUCGGAAAGAGACUGGCUUGACAUUGCAAGUGAUUUUGAAGAGUUGACCAAUUUUAUUCACUGCAUUGGUGCCAUCGAUGGAAAACAUGUAACGAUUCAAUGUCCCAACAAUGCUGGUUCCACGUACUACAACUAUAAGAAUGCUCAUAGUGUAGUAUUGAUGGCCAUUUGUGAUGCACGCUACAUAUUCCGUUUCGUUGACAUCGGAGCAUAUGGACGACGAAGCGAUGGAGGUAUUUACGGCGGCAGUGUUAUGGGCAAGAACUUUAAUGCAAAUCGCAUGAAUGUACCGAAGCCAGCAGCUGUUGCAGGAGGACGAAUUCUGCCAUAUUGUCUUGUAGGAGACGAAGCGUUUCCUUUAAAACCAUAUUUGCUUCGCCCUUAUCCAGGCAAGAAUGGGUUGUCACAGGAACAGGAUAUUUUCAAUUAUCGAUUAACCCGUGCGAGAAGGAUGAUCGAAAGUACUUUCGGAAUUCUCGCUAGCCAGUGGCGAAUAUAUCGCAAACCAAUUAUUGCAUUCCCACAGAAUGCUAAAUUGAUGGUGCAAGCGACGCGAGAGAUUGCAGAUUCGCACACGUCACGAAGGAAGCAAGCGAAAAGAAAAAGGAAGAUAAAGAAAACAGAAAGCCGGAACGGCGGAGAAAAGAAGACUGAAAGCAGCACGAAAGCAGCAUUUCUCACGGAGGAUCAUCAAAUCUCAGACAAAGGUUGGAUACUAGACUCGGGAGCAUCUGUACACAUGACGCCGAACAAGAAGUUUUUCACAACCUUCAAGGUAUUCGAUGGGUCCGAAAUUGUAGUUGCCGAUAACAGCAAAUUGCGUGCAGAAAGGAAGGGUUCUGUUACAAUACAGGGUGCAAUUUCACGCAGCGUCAAGACGCUAGCGACUAUCCCCACUCCGGUCGCCUCGGUCAACGCGCAUCCGAUCUGCGCAUAA